UUCCACUAAACAAACACUCCAACUCUUUCUUUCUUCUCCAAUGUAUUUUUCCCAAGAAGUAGAAUCCUCAUUUCCCUCUCUGACUUUCCAAAUACGAAGAAGCCAACCAGAGCUAAUCCCUCCAGCCUCACCCACUCCUCACGAAACCAAACUCCUCUCCCACAUAGACCAACAACCUGGCCUUCGCGCAAAUAUUCCAAUCAUACAAUUCUACCGUAACCAGCCUUCCAUGGCAGGGAAAGAUCCCGUUAAAGUGAUCAGAAACGCAAUUGCACAAGCACUUGUGUUUUACUAUCCACUCGCGGGUAGAGUUAAGGAAGCUUCUGGUGGUGAACUUGUGGUGGAUUGUAAUGAAGAAGGUGUGAUGUUUAUUGAAGCUGAUGCUGACGUCACGCUUGAACAAUUUGGUGAAAUUAAACCGCCGUUUCCGUGUUUAGAAGAACUGCUUUAUGAUGCUGCGGUUCCGGAGGGAGUUCUGAAUACUCCCAUCCUGCUUAUACAGGUAACACGUCUGAAAUGUGGUGGUUUCAUUUUUGCUCUUCGAUUCAACCACACCAUGGUAGACGGAGUAGGCAUUGUUCAUUUCAUCUUAUCAGUAACAGAAAUAGCCAAAGGCGCAAAACAACCUUCAAUUCUACCCUCAUGGAACAGAGAGCUUCUCCGCGCAAGAGAUCCUCCACGCGUCACAUUCAACCACCGCGAAUACGAACAACUCACAAACAUGCAAACCGACGCCGUUUUAGUCUCAACAGAAUUCUCCGAACGAUCUUUCUUCUUCGGUCCAAACGAGAUAUCCGCACUACGACGCUUACUCCCACGCGAUCUGGAAAGCGCGUCAACAACCUUCGAAAUCAUCACAUCAUACAUCUGGCGUUGUCGCACGAGAGCGUUGGGGUUAAAUCCAACCGAAGAGAUCCGAAUGAUGUGCAUCGUGGACGCGCGUGGUAAAUUCGAUCCUCCGGUCCCGAUCGGUUACUACGGAAGCUGUUUCGCCUUCCCGGCGGCGGUUACAAUCGCGGGAGAGCUUAGUGAAAAACCGUUAGAGUUUGCGGUGGAGUUGAUAAAGGAAGCUAGUAGUGAAGUGAGUGAGGAGUAUAUGCAUUCUGUGGCGGAUCUAAUGGUGAGUGAAGGAAGGCCAAUGUUUACUGUGGUGAGGUCGUGUCUUGUGUUGGAUACGACGGAUGGUGGAUUUAGAAACUUGGAUUUUGGUUGGGGGAAAGCGGUGUAUGGUGGAAUUGCGAAACCUGGUGCUGGGAGUUUUCCUUAUGUGCAUUUUCAUGUUCCGGGUCAGAAUGCAAAAGGAGAGGAAGGGAUAUUUGUUUUGAUUUCUUUGCCUACUGAAAUUAUGACAGCUUUUGUUAAAGAGUUGAAUGAGUUGAUUGUUUAAGGACAUGGACAAAUUAAGCCACUUAAUUUAGUUUGAAGUAUUUUAAACCCUAAAUAAAAUUUAAGAUUGGUUUA